GAAUUGUCUGACCCUUUUCUUUCAGAUCACUUGAAUGCCACUAAAGGAAACUUGAGUGUGUCCCAUUUUGUGAGGCCCCGGAUCUGGCAUGUAGUAUAUAGCGAUGUAUUUACUUGUGAUGACAGUAAACUGAAACUACCAGGGGAAAUACCUAACUAUGUAGAAUAUAAUAUCAGCUUUUAUAACCCUGAUUCUUUGGGGAAUCCCACUGAACAUUUUGGUGAUGAUGUCACAGGUCUCUACAGGUUCUAUCAACUAUUAACUCUGGGUUAUUUUGUAUUAGCCUGUAUAUUUGCUCCUAGGUUAUAUCAAACAUUGAGUAAAGGUGGACCAAUGCAGUUAGUUAUACAGCUACUUACAGCGUCUGUUUGUCUACAAGCUGUUGGUGGAUUCUUAAUGAUGCUUCAUUUACGCAGUUAUUCUAAAGAUGGAAUGGGUUCACCUUUUAAGGAAUUACUUUCUGAACUCUUUGAUGUGUUGUCUCAGUUUGCUAUGUUAUAUAUGUUAUUAAGUUUAUCAUUGGGUUGGACUCUAGCUAGUGCUCACUGUAGAUAUUCUCACCUAUCAUCUAUCAGUAAAAAACCAGCAGCUAAAGUUGUUGGCGUGCUAGGUAUUCUUCAGGGUAUAUUAUUUCUUUCUGAACAAUAUCAAGACAGGGGACAUAGAAUGUUCCAUGCACAUAGAAGCUAUGCUGGCAUAGCUCUAGUCGUGCUGAGAAUUCUAUUGGCAGCUUUAUUUGCCUGGAAUCUUCAUACUACUAUAUCAGCUGAAAGAAGUUCUUUAAAAAGAGGUUUUUAUGGCACUUUUACUAAGUUAUGUAUGUUAUGGUUUCUAUGUUUUCCUGCUGCAGUAGCAGUUUCAUGGCUUCUUCCAGAAUAUCUAAGAUUUAAGUUAAUCACUAUGAGUGUAGUCCUAGUGCAGUCUCUAGCAGGUGCUCUAUUAUAUAAACUAUUCCUGUCUCGUUCUUUAUACUGGGAGGUGUCAGCUCUCUCUAAUACUCUACCAUUACGUAUGGACAGAAACUUCGGCAUUAAACUCUACUCCUGA